AUCAUACAGAGAACAAGCAGCACAAAGCAAUGGAGGCGCAUAUGCGACCCAUGACGGCCACCUUUCUCCUCGUGCUCCUCUCUCUGUCCGCAGCCGCUCCGUCGGCUCGUGGACAGGCGGUGGCGGCCGCGGCGGCUCCAGCGGCGGCUGCCCCGAAGACGAUCAAGGCGGUGCUGACCAAGGCCGGGCAGUUCACCAAGUUCCUCCAGCUGCUGCAGUCGACACAGGAGGAGGAGCAGAUCGACACCCAGCUCAAGGGCAAGGCCUCGUCCAGCGGCGGCCUCACCGUCUUCGCGCCGCCGGACAACGCCUUCACCGCGCUCAAGUCCGGCUCCCUCAACUCCCUCUCCGACCAACAGAAGACGUCGCUGGUGCAGUUCCACGUGGUCUCCCAGCUGCUCCCCAUGGCGCAGUUCGACACGGUGAGCAACCCGCUGCGGACGCAGGCCGGCGACACCGGCAGGGGCAAGUACCCGCUCAACGUCACGUCCGACGGCGGCGGGAGGGUGAACAUCUCCACCGGCGUCGUCAAUGCCUCCGUCGAUGGCACGCUCUACACCGGCGACAGGCUGGUGGUGUACCAGGUGGACAAGGUGUUGCUUCCGUGGGCGCUCUACGGGCCGCCCGUGCCUGCGCCCGCGCCGUCACCGGCGUCGGACAAGGACAAGAAGAAGGCCGGGCCAGUGGCGGUGGCCGAUUCGCCGGAGGCCGUUACGGCCACCCCGUCCGCGGCGGCGCCCCGGGAGAUGCGGGGCCUUGGCGGCGGUCUCUGCGUGCUGGCCGUCGCUGUGGCGGCCGCGUGGCGUGGCAUGUGACGAUCGAGGAAGAAUGGCGGACGAUGUUGCCAUGCAUUGGAUGUUUUCCGUUUUCUUCGUCGAGAGACGAGAGGUGCUCGAAUCCUUUGGUUUGUUUCGGUGUGUUGUUCUUCGCUUUGUUGUUGUUUUUCUGUAUGAUCGUCGUAUUUUCUGAAGCUUCGUAAUGUUUCGGUCGGUAUUUUUCCA